AUGAGUGCUGGUGGAGCGCCGGAGGACACCAGCCGUCGGACGUCUGCCAAACUGGUGGAUGACGGUUUCCGUGGAGGAGCGACCAGCACCGUAGCGGCUAUGGACGCUCGAUGCUCGGCGGUGUUCGACUAUGAUAAGUUGAAUGAGCUUAUGCGGUCGAUUUGCUGUACACGUGUAUGUAAGGUUACCUCAGAGUUUUGUAUUUCACUGGAGCCUAGACCCGUGAAGCUAAGUUUGAGAGCAGCGGAUCAGUUUUAUUUCAACCAUGUACCGGCAGGUCUAGUGGAUAAGGAUCAUUCAAUGCUGUUUAUAGAGGAUAGGGAAGUAUUACAUAUAAUCCUGGCCAGGGAGGAGCAUCCGGGGUUCGAUUUCUCAGGAGCGGAGUUUAACGGCAACGUACCCAAUGCCAGAGAAUUCAUGGGCGGGGUACAGUAUAAAUGA